UCCUUGACCCGCUGCUCGAUGUCCGCCGCCGUCCACAGGACUUGCUCAAUGUCCGACUCCAUUGUUUAGGUUUGCUGCGCUGCCAAAAUAUCUGGUAACCAAGAACAAGGAAAGAUAUGUCUCUUGUUCCGCCGCUGCUGGUGCCGCUGCUGCUUGUGCAGCUACGACUAGUAUUUGGCAGUGCAGGGACGUGUCAAGCCCACAUUCGAGACGACAUCAGCUCCUUCCAGUCUCCAGCGGACUUGCCAGGAUUCACCCGGAGCGUGUACCAACGGGACCAUGCGCUUAUCACACCCGAGAGCCAAGUCUUCAGUGCUCUUCCCGGAUGGACCAAUGCUCAAGCAGCUUACCUGGUCACGCCAGCGAUUGGCUCGCAUUUCACCAUGUACAUUGCACGCAUGGAAGCUUCCUCAUCUUCGGCCCCUCCCUUACCGGGUGUUGAGAGGCUUGUCUUUGUCCUCGCGGGCAGCGUUCUCUUGACCACGCACAAUGUGAUGAAUGACGACAACGAGCUCUCGGUGAACUCGUAUGCGUAUCUCCCACCACAUUUUAACCACACCCUCUACUCAACUGCGCCUGUAACCUUUCUCGUCUUGGAACGCAGGUAUUUUGCAUCACAAGCCCUCGACAACCAGCGUCCCCAAUUCCUCGUUGGAAAUGUCGAUGAUCGUCCUCUUCUUGAAACUCCCGGGGAGGUUUUUGAUCUGCGAAAGUUGCUACCCUCGGACGCAAUCUACGACUUCAAUGUCCAUAUUAUGGAUUUCCAGCCUGGAGAGUACUUGAACGUCAAGGAGGUUCACUAUUUUCAACACGGCUUGUUCCUGCUCGAAGGUCGGGGGAUCUACCGGCUCAGCAAUCAGUGGUAUCCCGUUCAAGCAGGCGAUGCCAUCUGGAUGGCUCCAUUUGUCCCACAAUGGUAUGGAGCGCUCGGACGGACGAGGUCCCGAUACUUUUUGUACAAAGAUAUCAACAGAGAUCCUCUCCUGCAUCCUUACGGCUACUGAGAGAAAGAAUGUGGAAAAAAUGUCCCGUCCAUGAUAUCUAGUCGUGUUUCAGAA